GGCCAGCCCACUACAGUUGUAGAAAGGAUGUGUUCUUUCUUUUCAUGUUUUUAUUUUGUCAAUUCCUCCAGUUCCUAGGGGGCUGAAAAGGGGAAAAUCACUCAAAUUUGUCACAGAAUCAGCUCAACCUGGGCUAGCAAUCUAUUAUAAGCUAAUUGGAUCACACCACAGCUGCCUAAAGUUUCUGCUUUUUAAGAAAACAUGGGCAUCAUAUUUUCACGAUUUCGGCGCAAGCAGUCCACCAUCGAGGUGCUGCAGCAGAUCGAGGACGACAUGGCGGCCAUCGAGGAGUACAAGACGGGCACGCGCCGCCGCCAGCAGCGCGUCUCCGCCGUCAUCGUGGCCUACUCUGUGGUGCUCUACGUGGCCGCCGGCGUUCUCCUCUACUACCACUACUUUCCGGACGAUAUGACCACGCGCCUCCUCUGCGUGGGCGCGCUCCUUCUCUUCCCCGCUGUGGUCUUCUUACUCAAGAGGCUGUUAAUGUGGUAUUAUGGAAGGAAGAUAUCGAAAAAUGAACUGAAAUUAGCUUCAUUAAAAAAGAAGAAGGAAACCAUCUUGGAAGAGGUUCAAGAUAAGGAAACUUACAAAGUUGCCAAACAGAUUUUGGAGAAAUUUGCCCCCGAACAGCUGAGACGAUCUCCGCUGCGGCCGACAGGCAGUCCGUCCACGCCCGCCCAGCAGACUGGCAGUCUGGCCGUGGCGCGCCACCGUCAGCUGGCGGCCAGCGCGGCGGUGGCUCGGACUCCGGUGCCGGACACUCCCCUAGGUCGCGGCGCGCCCCAGCCAGGUGCCGGACGGUACGCGCCCGUCGGCGGCCUGGUGGCGCAGUCGCCGCUGUCGGGCGUCCCGGGCCGCGCGCUGCAGCCUCAGAUGGGCGGGCCGCGCGCGGGGCCGCCGCUGCCGCGGCCGGUGCUGCCCCGCGAGCGCGGCAUCAUGGACCGCAUGCUCGACUACCUGGUGGGCGACGGGCCGGCCAACCGGUACGCGCUCAUCUGCUGCCAGUGCCAGAGCCACAACGGCAUGGCGCUCAAGGAGGAGUUCGAGUACCUCGCGUUUCGAUGCAGCUACUGUUUCGCGUGGAACCCCGCCCGCAAGCAGCGGCCGUCGGCGCCUCGGCUGCCGGCAGCGCCCACGUCUGGCGAGAGCAUGGUGGAGUCUGAUACAACCGAGACGAGUGAGAGCGAGACUGAGGGUGAACGUACUAGCGAUCGGCCGACCUCCGAGGCGGAGCAGCCGGCCGACCGGGCGGACGAAUCCUCUGCGGCACCGGCGGAGCGUGUCGAGGAACGGACAGAGCGGGCCGCUGCGGGCUCCGACCCACCGGACGGGGCGGAGGGACCGCCGGCGGACAGACUGGCGGAGGCCGCGGCACACCGGCCGGGGCCCGAGUCGGCGCCGGCGGAGGAGCCGCACACACAGCCGGCGGAGUCCCCGGGUCCGGAGUCCCAGGGUCCGGCGGCGGAGUCUGAAGGGCAGUCAGGUCCGUCUGUGCCAAUGGAGGCGGCCGCGCCCGUGCCUCCGUCGGAUUCGACCGCGGACGAGCCGUCUUCGUCCAGUCAACGAGCUGAUGAUCAAACACAAGGGUCAGAGGAGGCGGCGGCCCUGGGCGCUGGCGUGGCGGACGUGCCGUUUGCGGACGACUGCGGAUCGGACCCCUGAGCGGCCAUGGAGCGGUCGGACGGCCGUCAACUCACCCCCGGCCAUUGGAGCUCAGGUCGACAGUGCGGUGCCUUAGCGUUGUGUGGUGUGCGCCCCCCUACCGGGACCCCGGGUGGGCCCUUUUGGCUGUGCCGCCGUGAGUGGACAUAGUGUCUUCCCUGGGAGCUGCUGAUAGUAGCAGGGUGUGUGGAUCGCUCACCCUGCCUCCCCCCACUGCCUGUGCCCCUCCCCCCCCCCGGUCCUGGGGAAGCCGCUGUGGUGCGUCACCGGGCGCUGCCGGUGAUUGUGGUUCGGUGCUGCGCUGGGACGCGCUCUCUGGUGGAAAUCUCGGCCAGGCUCUCUGCCACCCGAGCGUCUGGGCUAUGGUCGCGACUGGUGUACCUCUCCAAGAGGCUUGUUUGGUUUUACGGGGCUGGUGUUGAGAGCAACCUUUAUGCGCUGGAAUAUAUGGGCUCGGGUGAGACGUUGGGCAGGUGCGUUGGCGGCGACGCUUUCGAGCCGUACCUCGCUCGUUUUUUUUUUCUAACCUUUGACUACAUAGUCAGAGUGCGAGCUGCCUGGAACGUGCGUUAUUCUUUUGUAGACGAGUGUUAAAUUAUAUGUACUGGAAAGUGUUACUAAUAUAUGCAUAAUUUAUUCA